AGCCUUGAGGGAUGCUGACAUCUAGUGUCCUGGAUAAAGUGAUAGUGUUUGGAACUUUUGAUCUCUUGGGAAAGACUGGAGCGAUCAGUAAACACUGAGGCUCCAACAUGAUCAUUUCCUAGUCUGUUUUUCCAGUUACUGGCUUUUGUUGUUGGUGACAGAUAAGAAAAACAUGAAAAGCUGAAUUAGCAGAUGGAAAGUCUAUUAAUUCCACAUUUCUAAUGAUUAUUUGACAGGAAUCUGACAGUUGCUUUAUAAUCAAUACUAAAGUGAGUAGGCCAGUCUUUUUGAUUAUAUUUUUUUUUAUUUUAGACACUUCAGAAGAAUGUCUUAAUGUGUAUUUAAUGGUAACCAGAACUGCUGUGCAAUAAGAGUUCUUCUGUACUCACAAACAAAAGUAUGAAGCCUGGCGUCCUGAGCCAUGUUGGAUCAUGUUCAGACAAAAACAGUCUUUUGAUCAGUUGUAAAUGUUUUCUAAGUGGUCUUUUAAUAAUGAUUAUGCUGUCUUUUUAAAAAAGUUGUGCAGAGCAGUAGUAGUUUAUUAGAAAUUAGCCUCUAAGUUGUGGGUGGGACUACUGGCUCAGAGUAAACCUGUCGUGACUACCCAUCAUCCCUUGGUUUACAUGUUUUCUUGCUAGUUUCCAGCCCCUCACAACCUCAGCCUAACAUUGGCAAUGCAACAAAAAUGGCAAGCAAUAUUGGAGCUAUCCAGCUGUAUGGUUUUAAGCUAUAUGCCAGUUCAAAUGAGGGAAACAAAGACGUACACGUACACAUUUGUCUGUAAGUGCGAAUGGAGCAGAGAGCUUGUGGCCCACCGAAUGUAGAGUCUACGCCACUGAUACAGGUAUUUUUUCAUCUACUCCUUAUUUACAGUUUGAUUAAAAAAAUAGGUCUACUCAGAAAUUAAAUUUCUCCUUCCUUUACUAAUGGUUUUAUGGCUGAUGGCACAAGAAAUUAAAUUUGAGUCUUAGUUUUCCUUAUAGAUGUCCUCCAUCACGAGAAAAUGCAACAAGAACAUGUUAAAAAAAACUCUAAAUCAGGUACUGAUGGAGAGUGAGUGAAAACUAAUUAUAAACCAGGAGCAGCUGUGGGGAUUGAAACAGACACCAGGUGGAAACAUUUGAUACAAAUUGAAAUGAAGGAAGUAGCUCCAGUAAAAUUCAGAAAAAAAAUCUCUUGGAACUCAUGGAGAAGCUCUGAGCUUGUUGAGCAAACUUUUUGGAACAUGUUUCUGGCCCUUGGAGGUCCAACAAUGAAUUCAAGUAAAAAUAAAACAAACAAAACAAAACAAAAAAUAAUCCAGGAUUAAAGAAGAAAUUUAACAGAAUGAAAGUACAAAUCAAAACAGUUAGUUUGGAUUUGUGUGGGGAGACACUUUUGUUGCAUUUCUGCCACACCCUGAUCUCCUUACAGAUGUCUAGCAAACAUUCUUCAAGUGUGAAUGGGUGAAAAGUUUGUUUUUUUCCACCCCCUCGGCAGUGUUUGUUGAGUGGGGGCUCUUCACUUUUCACCUUUAUUCUUCCCUUUUACUCAGCAUGGGAAAGUGCUUUACAGACAACAUACAUGUAAAAGCAUUCUUCCUUUUUUCAGUGUAUGAACCCCCCUCCCUGACGGUUUUUCAAGCUAUGUUUAUUGCAGAAACUUGUUUUUCUUUUUCUAGGAAAGAGUAAGAGUUUUCAUGGAAAGAGUCUGUCAGACUCUAGCGGCUACAUGCGGUACUGCAGGUCACACUUCCGUGUUGCUCCUCCUGUCCUGCAGCCAAGUGAUUUCACUUUCAGCUCGAGUCAAACUGAAGCCGAAAAGUCAGUCUGGGAGCGCGUGAGCAGACGGCACGAGAGAGAGGAUUAAAAACUGAGAGGGAAAACAUCAAGUUUUGGAAGUCAUGAAUCAAGUGUUUACAGGAGAAGAGCUUGAAUGUUCCAGCUUCACUCCCAGUUUCCCCUGAAGAGGAGUUUGACCAGCGUUUUGUAAAUAAAAGGAUGAAUGAGGGCCGUUCUGCUCUCCUCAGAAGGUGCCAUCUUGCCUUUUCAAGAACAGACACUCUUGGUUCUGCUGCAGCUACCGUCUCGGAGGACAGUAAGGAUGGAGAAGCUGCUCCGGCUGAGGGGGAAGCUGCUUUCCCUCUGUCAGAGCUCUCACAACUAUUUGAAAGUGAGGAUGGCUCCCAGUCCGCUCAGGACACCAGUCAGGAGUCAGCCGUGGAGCCGGCCCAGCCCGCCAACUCAGCAGACAGCAGGCAGAACCUGAGGAUGAAGUUUCAGGGUGCUUUUAGAAAGGGCAUUUCCCACCCAAUAGACCUGUUUGAGGCCUCCAUGUAUGAAUCAAACGUUGUUCCAGCCCCUAAGAAAGCUCCCAUGGACUCACUAUUUGACUAUGGCACCUAUGGAAAUGCGAGUAACCAGAAGAAACGCCGCAAAAAGCUUCCAAGAGGAAAAACUGAAACCUCCUGUGACAGCGUUCCAAACCCAGACCCGCCAAAAGUCAUGAAAAUAUUCAACCGCUUUCUGCUGUUUGACUGUGUGUCACGAGGAGACCCAGGGGACCUGGAGGGCCUGUUGGAGUACCUGCAAGUUCACGAGAAGAGGUUAACUGAUGAGGAGUUUAGAGAACCCUCCACCGGUAAGACCUGUCUGCCUAAAGCCCUGCUGAACCUUUACGGAGGUCGGAACAACACCAUCCCACUGCUGGUGGACAUCGCAGAGAAUACGGGAAACCUCAGAGAGUUCAUUAACACGCCCUUCAGGGACGUCUACUACAGAGGUCAGACGGCGCUCCACAUUGCCAUCGAGCGGCGCUGUCGGCAUUAUGUGGAACUGCUGAUGGAGAAGGGGGCAGACGUCCACGCCCAGGCAAGGGGGCGCUUCUUCCAGCCAAAAGACGAGGGCGGUUACUUCUACUUUGGUGAGCUGCCCCUUUCACUGGCUGCGUGCACUAACCAGCCCGACGUCGUGCACUACCUGACAGAGAAUCCUCACAAGAAGGCCGACCUCCGGCGCCAGGAUUCACGUGGAAAUACAGCGCUGCAUGCAUUAGUGCACAUUGCAGACAACACCAAGGACAACACUCGUUUUCUUACAAAGAUGUACGACCUGCUGCUAAUUAAGUGUACCAAGCUCUACCCUGACUCCAAUCUGGAGACAGUCGCCAACAACGAUGGCCUGACUCCACUUAUGAUGGCGGCAAAACUUGGCAAAAUAGGGGUUUUUCAACACAUCAUAAGACGUGAGAUCAAAGAUGAAGAAGUUCGUCAUCUUUCACGUAAGUUUAAGGACUGGGCGUAUGGUCCAGUGUACUCCUCACUCUAUGACCUGUCCUCACUGGAAACAUGUGGAGAGGAACCGUCUGUGCUGGAAAUCCUCGUCUACAACAGUCGCAAUGAGAACCGCCAUGAGAUGCUGGCGGUGGAGCCCAUCAAUGAGCUGCUGAGAGCCAAAUGGCAGAAGUUUGCAGCCGUCACUUUUUACAUCAGCGUGGUUUCCUACCUCAUCACCAUGAUCAUCUUCACCUUAGUGGCUUACUACCAUCCAACCGAGGAAGGGCCUCUGACUAAUUCUGUAAAUGGCGUACAUAUAAAUGAGGGGUACAAGAUCCCUCCGUUCCCGUACACCACAUCUGCAGACUACUUGAGAAUGGUUGGAGAGAUUGUAACACUGGCAUCAGGAAUCUUCUUCUUCCUCACAAAUAUUAAGGACCUUUUCCUAAAAAAACGCCCAGGGGUGAAAUCCUUAUUUAUGGAUGGAUCCUUUCAACUUCUGUACUUCAUCUACUCUGUCCUGAUUAUCAUCACAGCUGCUCUGUACUUGUCUGGCAUUAAGGCCUACGUCUCUGUGAUGGUGUUUGCUCUCGUGCUGGGCUGGAUGAACACUCUUUACUUCACCAGAGGUCUGAAGCUCACCGGCACCUACAGCAUCAUGAUCCAAAAGAUUCUCCUCAAAGACAUCUUCAGGUUUCUGUUGGUAUAUUUACUCUUCAUGAUUGGAUAUGCUUCAGCCCUGGUGUCCCUGCUGACAGUUUGCCCCACGUCCGGGCCGAAGUGUGAAGGAGGCUGCCCCACCUACCCCAAAUGCAGAGAGCCAGGCACAUUUAGCACUUUCCUACUGGAUCUGUUCAAGCUCACCAUUGGGAUGGGAGACCUGGAAAUGAUCAACAGCGCACAGUAUCCAGAAGUCUUCCUCAUCCUGCUGGUCACUUACAUCAUCCUCACCUUUGUGCUGCUGCUGAACAUGUUGAUCGCUUUGAUGGGGGAGACUGUGGGACAGGUGUCCAAGGAAAGCAAAAAGAUCUGGAAGCUUCAGUGGGCAACAACCAUACUGGACAUCGAGCGCUCGUUCCCAGUCUGUCUGCGAAAGUCUUUCCGAGUUGGUGAGAUGGUGACAGUUGGGAGGAAUUUGGAUGGCACACCAGAUCGACGUUGGUGUUUCAGAGUGGAUGAAGUAAACUGGUGUCACUGGAACCAGAACCUUGCAAUAAUCAAUGAGGAUCCAGGCAGAAGUGACAGCAGUCAAACCAACGGGCUGCGGCAGAGUAUCAAAGGCUUAAGAAGAGAUCGUUGGACCACGGUGGUCCCGCGGGUGAUGGAGUUAAGUAAGAGUCCUCGACCCCAUGACCUGGCGGUGGAGAUGGAGCCUCUGACGCCUAGAAACUGAUACCUGCACUGGGUCGGUGCUCCUCCUGUUACCUGGACGGAUGUCACACUAGUAUGCAGAUUUGUUAAGAAAGUGAAAGUUUGGAUCUGUUGUGGCCAUCACUCAGGGAUUUCAAACAAAACAAAUCUACAUUUACAGGUUCUUAUGGUUUCAUUAUGGAGAAAAAUAGCUUAAGUAGAAUGUAAUGUCAUUUGUACGGAAACACUAAUGUAGGAAAUAAUUAAUAACAUUUAUUUUGAAGGAUGCUUUUCGCAUAAUUCCUUCAAUAGAUGCUUAAGGAUUAGGAUAAAACGAGUUUUAAAUGCUGGUUUUAGUAGUUUUUUUUACAGCUUCUAUAUAUAUAUAAAAGGAAGUUGCUGCAUUUAUUUUAUAUUGCUUUUUAAUGUUGUAUUUAUAAAAAAUACAUUAAUAUGAAAGACUCCCACCCAAAGCAGUGCUGCUCUUUUUUAACCAGAACAAUGUUUGUAAUAUUCUAUGAAUACAAGCACAGUGUUUUUGAAUGCGAUGAGCAGGUUAUACUUGUCAAGCAAAUAUGCUAAUUCAAAACAAUAGCCCUGCUUGUUCCGGUUUGUCUUUGAAUUUGCAGAGUUAUUGUUCCUUUGCAGCUGGGGUAUUUGCAUAAUCAACUCUCAGUCCUUGCCAUUAUGCACUUUCCUCCCAUUUGCUGCAGUGUUUCCAUCAUAAUUGGCUCUUUGCCCUAUGCAUCAUUUUUAUGCACGAUAAUUACAUAUGGAAUUUGUGUGUUCUUGUCCUCCUUUUUUAUCAUUUUUUUAACAGAUUUACUACUGCUGAAAGGUCACAGGCCAUUCAAGAUGUUAACAUUUCCUGAAAAAUCUACACAUAUUUUUUGUAUUGUUUGUACAUUGAAGCAUAAAAUGAUAAGUAAAUAUUACUAUGCAGCUGUCUUAUUAAAUGUAAAUGUUUUUUUUAAUGAGUUUUAAUAAACAAACCAAAAGUCCA